AUGACUGAGCAUAAGGAAAAGUCAUCGAGUGAAGGCCCGGAAGGCACAAGAGAAGAACUACGAUUCUUACGGCGAUGCCCGGAAGAUAGAGUGAUAAACUACAGUCUUUUAUGGUAUCGUCUAGUGAAUCCGUCUGAGGCCGAGUUGGCAUUUCUCGUCUGCAGCAGGUGCUAUACCGACCAUAUCCAAAACACCAGCCUUGUAGCGGAAUUUGAACCAGUCCUGCAGUCAGAACAGUUUGCAGCCGCCUGCAGCUUUUGGAUCCCCUCCGUACACGAUUGCUUCUGGCCCAAGGCCCUCAGCACUGGCAACACUGUCGUUUUUCGGAAGUAUGUCUCAAGAUGGGUCGAGUCUCCUCCCUGUCCCGGGGUUCAAGGAAGUCGUGAUUUUGGCUCAACGUGGUAUGGAAUGGUAAAUGGUGACGUUGAUGGCUUUAUGAUAUGCGAGGGAUGCUAUGUGGACAAUGUUCUUGGUACUACUUUUCAGAAUAAGUUUACCACAUAUUCCUCUGAGUGGGAGAGUGACACAUGGGCCUGCGAUCUGCGGUUUGCCUUUACUAGUCGAGCGCUGCGUACGUAUACAAAACUGAAUGACUGGAAUAGCUUCGUCUUCGCCGCAGAACAGCGACAUGGUCUUCUAGAAUGUACAGGGGAUGAGGUCUACGCUAAUUCUAAUACUUGGUUUUACCCCCGUCACAGACCAAUCAGUAAUAUGCGGAUUUGUGCAGCCUGCUGCAUGGAUCACUGGGCACUCACGCAGUUCGACGAAGAAUUCCAACAGGAAUAUCGCGGUCCUCCUGUAGGUAGUGCUGAGUAUAUGCUGUUCAUGACCGAACGCUGGAGAUGUCACGUAGGCAUCAAUUUGCCCGUACUCAUGACCAUACAGGAAGCCAAGGCUGAAAACAACUUCAAUAUCUUCACGGAAGCCAUCAAAGUUAUUCUCGAAUCUCCGUCCUGCUCCGAAAAUGGAAUGACUGAAGGUGAAGGAUGGACUCUUUUAGGAGGCUGUGAAGGGUUUACCAUAUGCUAUCCCUGCUACUCGGGCAUUAUAUGGAGUACCGGUCUUUUUAUAGACUUCUUCGAGAGGAUCUCCUGGCCCAAGGAUAACGUCAAAAUAUGCAGCUUCAAUACAUCUGCUCCCCGGUUUGAGCUGGUUCUGAACAAACUUCACGAAAGUCUUGAUCGACAAGACUUUUCCUUCUUUUCUAGCUUUGUGAAGCAAUUCUCUUCGCUUCCAGUGUGUCCUCGUAACACGGUAUAUAUAGGACGACCUUGGUGGGGAUAUCCACAAGCCCGGUGCUGUGCAGAAUGUUGGGUAGACUGGUUAUCGCAUACACCGCUAGCAAUGACGAUGCCCCUUCGCGGAGCAGUCUUCGAGGAAGGCGCAAUUUGCCAAAUGUGGUCACCACGGCUACGCACCCUAUGGCUAUCCGUUUGUGCGGAAGGAGAGCCGGGAUCAGCCAAAUCGGAAGCAGCAGUGACCAAGUUUUGCGAGAUUGCUCGAGGCAGAGAAGAGAUCUUUUGGAAGACAAUACCUGCGAUCAAACGUCUCAGGAGUUUGAAGUACGCCGAGAACUUGAACAUUCAGGUACAGGCAAUGGCUUCUGUGAAUUAUGCUGGUAUGAAAUCACUGUCGGUAGUCAGUGGAAUGACAGACGGCAACCGGUAUGGUAAUGGUUCGAUUGGGUGGUAUGAUACCACGAGUGGUGCGGCGGCCGCGCAAGCGAGGAACAGUAUGAAUCAGAGUAUGCGUGCUGUCUCGAGUCGAGAUGCAGAACUGUAUCGAUUGCAAGCUAGCUGGAGGGAAGUAGAGUAA